AUGCAAGGUCAACCAGAAUGCCAACGCUGCAUUAAAGGUGGCCGCACGUGUGAAGGAUACGCAAGAAGCAGCACACCCGGCUCAACUUCUGCAAACCCGAUCAAAUUCGUGGUGUACAGUGGUGGUACUAAGAGCAGAUCAUCUUCUAAAACAAACACUGGUACCAAUACACCGAGUCGGACUCCGUCCCCUCCAUCACGGCUCUCCUUAGUUCCUGACUUGGGUCAUGCUGAACGCCGUGCUCUGUCUUACUUUCAGGAGCGAGGUGCAUGGGAGUUGGCCGGUGGUGUGCAACCGAUGUUCUGGCUGCAUGGUGUCUUACCAGUUAUUCAUCAAGAGGCCGCGGUGAAGCACGCCCUGGUGGCGUUGAGUACCAUGCAUGAACAUUUCACUCGAUCGGGUCGCAUGUCGCCCAACACGCAAAGCAACACCCUUGACUUUGCUUUGAAUCACUAUGGCAGGGCGAUUCGAGAAGUCAUGGACGUCAAUCGAAAUCGAGGCAAGCAUUUCUUCGAUUGCUCUCUCAUCACCUGUGGUCUGUUCGCUGCAUUCGAAUCACUUCAAGGCCAUUACCAUUCGGCCUUCAGCCAUGCUGUCAGUGGUAUCAAGAUCUUGGCGGAGUCCCAAGAAAGCCCUCACCCAACAACUCAGACAAGCGACAAGGACAUGUACAUUUCUCGUCCUGAGUUGACGCGGUUUUUCUUCUCCUUCUGGCGGCAAAUCCUGGAGAUUGGCGACUGGAAUUUCCAGGGAGAACGACCGCUCCUGGAUCCCCCGACGUCGACCUGCCCGCCUAUCUUCAACAGCGUCGAAGAAGCAUUGAGCUACGUCGAAUACAACAUGUCCGGGUUCUUUCACUUCUAUGAGAAAGCGGAGAGGGUUGCAAGACAGGGAAUUAUGACGCCGGAAAUCAAUCUGGAACUGAUGCACAAAUUCGACGCCCUUACAAGUUCUUUCGCGAUUAGCGAGCAGGCCUACCAGGCGAUGUUGACACAACAACGGCACCGCAAUCUCGAAAGCAGUCCUACGGGGUUGAUCCUCAGCAUCCACAGGAUCUUCCUAAACGUCUAUUUCAACAUGGUCAGUCAAGGGAACGAACUCGAAGCGUUCGACGCCCAACUGCCCAGCGUACGUGCAGCGGUCGAGCUAUGCGAGAAGUUCAUAGCACUGACGAGCCCCUUCGACACAAGCGACACAAUGGGGCGACCCGCACACGACCAAACCGGCCCCCCUUCCCGCUCGCCAUCACCACCCCGACUAAUGCCACCGAGCUUCUCCAUGGGCCUGGGAGUGGUGCCGAUCCUGUUCGUGAUCGCGACGCGCUGCAAUGACAUCCCGCUGCGGGACAAGGCGCUGCACCUGCUGCGCAUCUGCAACCGCAAAGAAGGGUUCUGGGACUCGCAGCUCUCGGCCGUCCUGGCCGCCCGCACCAUCGAGAUCAAAGCCAACGCGGCCCGCCAGGUCGGCCGCCUCGACCUGCACCCCUCCGCCGUCAACAUGAAGCUCGAGGACAUCCAGUACUACCCGGACAACGAGUGCGUCGUCUCGUACUCGCUGAUGUGGACGGAGGCCGAUGCGGAAAGUGCGAGUACCAGUGUAGAUCUAUACCCCGGCGAUAGCAGCGCGGCGUUGUUGCCCCGCCCUAGCCAGCAUCCACCGCCACCACCACCACCACCACCACCACCAGCAGGUGAACCUAUAUUGCGGAAACGCAUGUUCUCGGAGCGCCUGGCGUGGGGCGACCAACCUUCCGUCGUCGCUGUGACGGACGACGAGAAUCUGGACUCCCUGCAAUACCCGAGCGUGAUGCGCAACGGCCUCAUGUCCGAGGAGGUUCGCCCGCCGCUACAGGACUGGGAGAAACAUGGCAUGGUAUGGUGA